GGGUCUGUGUCCAAACUGGGACGUCCCACUGGAAAUGUCUUCUGUGUGAAGUGGUGAAGCAGUUAGAUCGUCCCGGGCUCUGCACACAGCUGACUUCUCUUGUCCCUGCUCUGCAAAGUCAAAGCCUUUGAAGAUGAGGGUGUGGAUUGUCUUCCUCCUGUGCCUGGCCGGCCAUGCCAUGGCUGCUCCUACUGAGGAGGAGCCCUUCGUGGAUGAGCUUGUCAUUGAGGAGCCAGUUGCUGAGGAGGCUGAGGUGGGAGCCAACCCCGUGCAGAUUGAGAUCGGAGACCCUGUUUGUCCCUCACCAUCCUCACUCGCUGAGGAGGAGGAGGAAGUUGUCCUCACUGACAACCCCUGCCUGAACCACCACUGCAAGAAGGGCAAAGUGUGUGAGGUGGACGAGAGCAACACCCCCAUGUGUGUGUGCCAGGACCCCUCCACCUGCCUCCCUGCUGAGGCCGAGUUUGAGCACGUCUGCGGCACCGACAACAAGACCUACGACUCUUCCUGCCACUUCUUCGCCACCAAGUGUGCCCUGGAGGGAACCAAGAAGGGCCACAAGCUGCACCUGGACUACAUCGGAUCCUGCAAAUUCAUUGAACCCUGCGUGGACUCUGAGCUCAACGAGUUCCCCCUGCGUAUGAGGGACUGGUUGAAGAACGUCCUGGUGACUCUGUACGAGCGUGAUGAGGACAACAACCUGCUGACCGAGAAGCAGAAGCUCAGGGUGAAGAAGAUCUACGAGAACGAGAAGAGGCUGCAGGCCGGCGAGCACUCUCUGGACCUGCUGGCUCACGACUUCGAGAAGAACUACAACAUGUACAUCUUCCCCGUCCACUGGCAGUUCGGCCAGCUCGACCAGCACCCCGUCGACGGGUACCUGACCCACACAGAGCUCUCCCCUCUGCGUGCUCCUCUCAUUCCCAUGGAGCAUUGCACCACUCGCUUCUUCGAGCAGUGCGACUCUGACAACGACAAAUACAUCGCCCUGGAGGAGUGGGCCUCCUGCUUCGGCAUCAAGGAGCAGGACGUGGACAAAGACCUCAUCAUCUGAGCAGCAGCUGCAGCAGUAUGACGAACUCCUAGUCACUACUAACGGGACGAGGUGCUGAUCCCUAAGUUAAAACAAAUCACAGUAACGGUGCUAAUUGCAAAUUCUUUUUUUAUUUUGUUUAAUAAAGACCUUUCGUACGUAUACCACUAAAAUAAAAAGCAAAGAAAAGAGAAGCGUGCACACAGUCUGUACUAACAUCACUCCCAGUUAAAGACAAACUAAAGACCUCUGAUGUAAAUGUAUGUUGUUGACGAUAUUCUAUAUAUAAUGUGUUCUGAUUAGUUCAUGCUUUGAAUUGGAGAUGAAUCUGACACGUGACGUGAGGAGACCAAACUGUAAAGUGGAAAAUAAAGUUUCUAAAUAAA